AUGAGGCUGACUCUUGACACCAUCAGACGGGCACCGCAGUUCACCAAUGCGUUGCGUCAGCGCGAAUUGGACCUUCGUGGCCUCGGGAUAACCGUCCUUGAGGAGCACACGCUUACAUUUUUGAAUGACAGCUUUGACGUACUGAAUCUUUCGCAAAACCCGCUGGCGCGGCUGGAGUACUUUCCUGGCGACAGCGCGCCGUUAGCGACGGCAGCGGCUCAGAACGGCUCAGCCAAACCGGCGAGUAGGAUGAUGCUGCGGUUACAAACGCUUGUUGUGCACCGUAACCGUCUUACACAUGUGAGUGAAGCAACAUGUGCAACUGUGCUACCGAAUUUGCGUGCCUUCGUAGCGGACCACAACGAGUUCCGGGAACUGCGUGAUCUUUUGUUCCUUUCACACUGGAAGAAAUUGGAAAUUCUCUCUAUUGAGCACAAUCCAAUUACCAUUAGCGAAGAUAAUGCGCGCCUCCGGGCAUUUGUCGUUUUUUUGUGCCCAACUCUGAAACUAGUCAACUACCAACGCGUUACACAGGUCGACAGGCAGAACGUGGAAACGAUGCGGAAAGAGUUUGUUGGGCUUGUGGAGGGAUGGCGCCGCCUUGAGGCGAAACAACUCCUGCAACAAAACAGUGCACCCACUGAAGCCGAUGCGAGUGCCUCAGAAUCUGUUAAGAAAAUACGAAAACGCAGUCGCCACGCACGUGAGGCAGCUUCCAAAAACGGCAGUGCCGAUACUGCACCUGAACCGGCGGCAUCUAAGGUGGAAACUUUCGCUACUCCUGUUGCAGCAGAAGCUGGUGAGGAGGAGGAGGCAAGCAACGCCCUGCAAGCCCGGCUCGAGGCUCUAGAGGAAAAGAUGGCAGCAGCGGAGACAGAAGAGGAACUAAUGGAACUUCAGCAGGAACUCACGGAGUUGGAGACCUUAAUGAAGCAUCAGCAGGCUUCUAAAGGGACAAAGAAGACUCGCACAUCAUAA